AUGGCUGUAUAUUACUCUAAUUUCAGUUUCAGUUGGCUCAAAGCUCUCCACAAGAGGUACUCGGCCUACCUACCUAGGAGCCACGGCACUAAGGAACCUUGUGUGAUUCGUUCAGUCGUGGUAGUCCAAGCUCUUGUAAUAAAUGAUACUCUACUUGUAGAUCUUUCUCCACCCUUUUUCUCCAAGCAGGCCACCAAGGUGAUCCAAUACAUCCACGGCAAGAAAGUUUCCCAGACCGACACCGGAACCCAUAAUCUUCUGCUCGACAAACGAGACAAGCUUCAGCUGGGUGACUUUGCUAGCUCUUCAGUAGAUGACGAACCAUCUUGUCUAGCGCCCAGCGGUCACGAGGGAUCUCACCUCUUUGCGAGCAAGUCCAUCGAGCCGAGCGCACAUACUGAACUGUACUCGCUAGGUUGCGUCUUUUUGAGAUUUCGGGAAGUUGGUAACCCUAUCACGGCAAGACAGACAAAGGAGAUCGAAGAACUGCACGAUGCCGGCAGAUUCCCGGAUACCGACAAUCUGAUUCUCGGCACUGUGAUCCAAAAAUGCUGGACUUUCCAAUACGACAGCGCGUCAGAGGUCUUGAACGAGAUUGACAAGGUCAUGGAGGAGCAUCUACCAUCAACCGAGAAUGGUUGCAUGCAGAUGGCGACCAAAACGGACGUAUAG